AUGAUUCAACGAGAAAUGAAUCGUUAUUUUUGUCCAAUCUGUUUAAUAUUUGGUAUUAUUGGAUGUCUUCUCAAUAUACUUCUUUUUUCUCAAAAACAAUUUCGAAAUAUAUCUUGUUGUACAUAUUUUCUUGCAGCAUCAAUUUCAAUGAUUACAACAUUAAUUUUAGGCUUUGGACCACAUGCAUAUUCAGUGAAUCAUCCAAAUCCAGUUCAUACAAUAUCAAGUUUUUGUAAAAUCCGUAGUUAUGUAGCUCAAUCUUUUAUGAUGAUACAUCGUUGGUUGAUGGCUAUGGCUUGCAUUGAUCGAUAUAUGGUAUCAUCAAUUAAUGUUAAAUUACGAGAAUUUGCUAAUCCAAAUGUAGCUUAUCGUAUAAUAAUCAUAAUUAUGAUAAUUUUUAUCAUUUUACCUUUACAUAAUUUGUUUUUUCUCGAUAUAAAAAAUGGUAUGUGUGUCAAUUCAAUUGUUGCGUUUACAAUCUAUCAUAGUCUUUUUACAAUUAUUUUCGGUGGUUUUCUUCCACUUUUAAUUAUGAUUACAUUUGUUAUACUCAUACGUCAUAAUCUUGCAACGAAACAACAACGUCGUCAACGUGAUAUGUAUAAAAUAAAAGGUUCAACAGUUCGUUUACUUAAUUCACGUGAUUAUCAAGCACUUAUGAUGUUAUUUGUUCAAGUUAUUUUUUAUAUUCUUUCAACAAUAUCUUGGAUGAUCUUUUUAAUUUAUGCACCUUUUGGUCGAAGAAUACACAAUAAAUCAAAUAAUCGUAUCGCUAUUGAAAAAUUUUUUCGAUAUAUUACUGAAAUUCUUGUUUAUACAUAUCCGACUUUAUCAUUCUACAUAAAUAUAUUUGCAUCUCAAACAUUUCGUGAUGUACUUGUUAAUAUAUUAUGUUCAUUAUUAACUUCUAGAGAACGAUUUUGGUAUCGUUCUCGAUUAUCAUUAACUCGAACACAGACUAAUUAG